AUUAUACGAAAAAACAUUGGAAGUCUCUUCUCAUAUGACCUCUGUAGAAGAAGUCCUCAUCUUUAUGCAGAAUUAGUAGCACUAUGGCUAGUCCAGACGUAAUUGCUGCAAGGGAACAUGUUCUAGCUGUAACUAGAGAUUACAACAAGCAACCAAGACUAACUUACAAGACAGUGUCAGGUGUGAACGGACCCCUGGUUAUCUUGGAUAAUGUAAAGUUUCCCAAGUACGCUGAGAUUGUCAACCUCACCUUAGCUGAUGGAACUAAACGUAGCGGGCAGGUGCUGGAAGUCAGUGGGUCAAAGGCCGUUGUUCAGGUGUUUGAGGGGACGUCAGGAAUUGACGCCAAACACACUGUGUGUGAGUUCACUGGAGAUAUCCUCAAGAUACCUGUGUCAGAAGACAUGUUAGGUCGAGUGUUCAAUGGCUCGGGGAAACCCAAGGACAAAGGACCAAACAUUCUAGCAGAGGACUUUCUUGAUAUUCAAGGCCAGCCAAUCAACCCAUGGUCCCGUAUCUACCCUGAGGAGAUGAUUCAGACAGGUAUAUCGGCCAUCGACAUUAUGAACAGUAUCGCCAGAGGACAGAAGAUCCCCAUUUUCUCCGCCGCUGGUCUACCUCACAAUGAUAUCGCAGCCCAGAUCUGCAGACAGGGAGGUCUAGUGAAACAAGGCCAGUCCAAGAGUGUCCUUGACGAUCAUGAGGACAACUUUGCCAUUGUCUUCUCUGCUAUGGGAGUGAACAUGGAAACUGCCCGAUUUUUCAAGCAAGACUUUGAGGAGAAUGGCUCCAUGGAGAAUGUGUGUCUCUUCUUGAAUCUUGCCAAUGACCCAACUAUUGAGCGUAUCAUCACCCCUCGUUUGGCCUUGACAACGGCCGAGUUCCUUGCUUACCAGUGUGAGAAGCAUGUGCUCGUCAUCCUCACUGACAUGAGCUCCUACGCUGAGGCUCUGAGAGAGGUGUCGGCUGCUCGAGAGGAAGUGCCAGGAAGACGUGGUUUCCCUGGCUACAUGUACACUGAUUUGGCCACUAUUUACGAGCGAGCUGGACGUGUGGAGGGUAGGAACGGGUCCAUUACGCAGAUCCCCAUUCUCACUAUGCCCAACGACGAUAUCACUCAUCCUAUUCCCGAUCUCACUGGCUACAUCACCGAGGGCCAGAUCUAUGUGGACAGACAGCUGCACAACAGACAGGUGUACCCACCCAUCAACGUGCUGCCGUCCCUCUCUCGUCUGAUGAAGUCUGCCAUCGGAGAAGGAAUGACCAGGAGAGAUCACGCCGACGUCUCCAACCAACUAUACGCUAACUACGCCAUUGGUAAGGAUGUGCAAGCCAUGAAGGCAGUGGUGGGAGAGGAGGCACUCACUCCGGAUGAUCUCCUCUAUCUUGAGUUCCUGCAGAAGUUUGAAAAGAACUUUAUCACUCAAGGUGUGUAUGAUAACCGCACUGUGUUUGAGUCCCUGGAGAUCGGGUGGCAGCUGAUGAGAAUCUUCCCCAAAGAAAUGCUCAAGAGGAUUCCAGAGAAUGUGCUGGAAGAGUACUAUGCAAGGGACACUCGGCACUAGGAACUGUUUGUGACUCUUUUGUAUUAGAUCUUCGCUGAGUUCAGAGUUAAUAGUUUGUGUGCUACCAAGUCAGGCUUAAAGUGGCAUUAUAAUAAUAUUAUAAUUAUAAGUGUUGUAUCGUCUUGUCUAGAAAUGAAGUAUGUAUGAUCACA